UCUCCCCACCAUCCUAAAGCAAGCAGAACCACCAGUGGGGGAGAUAUUGCACCAGUAGUGGACAGAAGAGGAGGAGGAGGAGGGGGAAGAAUACCGUGCUUGGAAGUGAGAGAAACCCAGAUGAAUGCGGUACUUGUUUGCCUCUUUCUCUCACAUACACACUACAGAUUGCAGACCCCACUUGAUGGGAAGACGCCACUUCCUGCUUGCCUGUAGAAUACACACUUGUCUGUUCCUUAGGAUUACUUUUUUCUCGGCGGUCUGUGAUUAAAGGAGACCCUGCUAUCAGAAUUUGUACCUGCACUAUCGCUUCUGCACGCUAAAGGCAGCAGGACCACUAGCAGCACCAUCACCUGGGCAACAUGAUCCCAGCAGGCAGCGUGCACACCUCUUAUACCGCCAACAGCAGCAGCAGUUAGAGGACAUUUCGUGAACCUCCCUCCUGCAGAUGAUGCUGUGUAUAAGGAUGCCAGAGAAAUAUCCUGUCAUCGACACGAUUACAUGCAGUGCUAUUUAGGAUUCUAUAUCACCGGGUUAUUGCUUAAGUUCAUAUGUCAUGAAGGUGGGACAACACUUCAAGAUAACAGACCGGCCUCCUAAAAAUCACCUUGUCAUGCUGAUGUAAAUCAUGGCCCUGAGAACUAUGACAACAACAUCUAACAAAGGAGUUUUCCGGCCCCUUUUAAUUGCUUUUACAAUAGCUAGCUGCUUUCUUACAUUCUUGCUGUUGUAUAUUAAACCAACAAGAACCUGGAUCACCAAGCCAAUGGAAUCGGCAACUUCAGUUUUAAAAUUCAAAAGCUUUUUCACUGAGAACAUCAGUAAUAAUGAAACAGUUGUUCUGAUCUGGCUGUGGCCUUUUGGCCAGACAUUUGAUCUCAGUUCUUGUGAAUCACUAUUUGACAUUCAUGGAUGCCAUCUAACUGCAGACCGGUCACUAUACAAUCAGUCUCAUAUAGUUCUUAUUCAUCACAGAGAUAUUAGCUGGGACUUAACAAACUUACCACUACAGACUCGGCCUCCUUUCCAGAAAUGGGUGUGGAUGAACCUGGAAUCCCCAACUCACACACCACAAAAGAGUGGAAUUGCUCACCUUUUCAACUUGACUCUGACAUACAGACGAGACUCGGAUAUUGAAGUGCCAUAUGGGUUUUUAACAAUGAAUACCAUGAGCUCUGAUUUUGAGAUGCCAAUAAAAGACAAACUUGUAUGCUGGGUUGUAAGUAACUGGAAUCCUGACCAUGCAAGGGUAAAAUAUUACAAUGAACUGAAUCAGUAUAUUGAAAUCCAUACUUAUGGACAGGCAUUUGGAGAGUAUCUAAAUGCUAAAAGUCUAAUACCUACAAUUGCUACUUGUAAGUUUUACCUUUCUUUUGAAAACUCCAUCCAUGAAGACUAUAUUACUGAAAAGUUAUACAAUGCUUUGUUGGCAGGAUCUGUUCCUGUAGUACUUGGACCAAGUAGAGAAAAUUAUGAGAGCUAUAUUCCUUCUGACUCUUUUAUACAUGUUGAAGACUUUUCUAAUGCUAAAGAUCUGGCAGAUUAUUUAUUGAACCUUCAUAAAGAUGAAUCGCUGUACCUGCGUUAUUUUAAUUGGAGGAAAUACUUCUCUGUAAAGCUCACUCAUUUUUGGGAAAGUCAUGCAUGCCUAGCGUGUGAUCAUGCAAAACGACGCCAGGAAUAUAGAGCUAUCUCCAAUUUAGAAAAAUGGUUUUGGAAAUGACAUCUCAAUCAUCAUAGUUGCAACGUUUAAUGGAUUUUUAAGUUCUAUUCAACUUAAAUUAAUUGCUGUAAAGUGCUAUUUUUUCCAAUGAUCAUAAUUGUUACAUGUCUUCACAGAUAUGCCUAAAUGACAUUGGCAGUAUCAGUGCUAAUACUGAACAUUCAUCAUACUGUGACAUCAUUUUCUGCAAGUCUUUAUAUAUUUUUCUUUUCUUUAUCGUUAAAAGUAUUUUCAACGCUGACACUUCUUGAUUGUGCCAUUUAUGGGGAUAGCACUGUAGAUGCUGUUCCGUUCAAUGUAAUUGAUGCAUCAUUGAUGUUUCAGUGGGUGCUUUGAUCAGUAUUUAUUUGGUUUGUUAACAGCAUUUUUUUCAGCUGUGGUUGCCCUUGUUUAUCAGAUUUUAUUGGCUUUGGUAAUCACAUAAUUUCAAAACCUGGGAUUUUUUUUCAAUAUUGUGUUUUGUAUGUUUGUAAUUUUUAAACUUGUUUAAAAGCUGUGAAUAUACUGUACCCUUCUAAACAACUUGUGAGUGCUGUGUACAGGAUUUUAUUUACUUUUUUACUUUAGGUGAUAUCCCUCUUUUCAUUUUUUUCGAAUUAUAGAAAGUAUAGUAACAUACUACUUUUUAAGGUUAGAUUACUUAGUCUUGUACUCUCUAGGGAUGUCAUAUCUUAGCGUGGGGUAGUUCUGAAAAUGUUGAAACUAAAUAUAAAGUUCAUACAGAUGUUGUAAAAGAGAAAUUAGGUGGCACAUAAGCUGCACCUCACAUCUAUUCUGUGGGAUCAAAACUAGCAGAGAUAUCGCUGCCUUUAUUAGCCAAGUAAUUCUUUUUUCUUUGAUCAUGUUUCUGCUAAUGGACAUUUUUUUUCUGAAUUCGUAUCUCUCUAGAAUUGUAAGCCGCUAUACGGGUGGUUUAAUGUAAGUACACAAAAGUACAGUACCUCUAUUUAAGUCACGCUGUACCUCAGAAUGUCACCUUGUAUCACAAGCACAAGUAUAUUUGGAAUGUAUUCACUUGUUCACUUGCUGCUGUAUCCAAUACUGUAUUGCAUUUGUUUAAGGGUGGGCUGACGUGAUUAGCCCACACAGUCUACAAAUUAAUAAAAUGUAAUGCUUUACCUUGUUUUCUUCUCUCAGUUCCUGUCCCCUCUUUGUUGAUUCCUUUGAAGACAUUUAAAAUACCUCCAUGGAUUCCCUCUCCAUCUCCUGUUUUUGCAACCCUUUAGGGGUCUACAGUCGUCUCCAUUAUGAAUAACUUUCACAGCUCCAGGAAGUAGCUGUUCCCCAUAAUAUUAUACCAUAUACACUGUGGUGUCCUUUUUCUUCAUAAUGGCCCCAUCCCAUGUAUCUAACAUAAUACUGCCAACCUUUAUCACGUUUACAUCCCCUUCUACUCCACAGUGAGAACAGACUCAGAUACUCUUAUCUUUGGUCAUAAACUUUCUUUUCUCACAUACUCCUCUGAUAGCUUUCCUCUGUACUCCUUCCAGCAGUAUUUCUCUGUGUAUAGAUAGAUGCAGGACUGCAUGAAGUAUUCAAGGAUUUGACUAACUAGGGCCUGAAUUAGAGGCAUAUACUUGUUUUAAAAAUAUGAGCUGUAGAACUAUAACAAUUCUUAGCUAGUAUCAAGGUAGAUAGAGCCUCAUAAGUAAGGACUCAGAGUUGCAAUGCCAAAGCAUGGACAGUAGUCAUUUUCACAGGUCAUGUGUAAGACAGACAAAUAGGAGGAACCCAGAUGAUUUAAGAUGUGUUCAAGUAAUGCCCACAAUUCUUCACCUGCUGAUUGCAGUGGUUGAAGUGGAAUAUAGGGCAGCAAACCCCCCUUUAAAUACGCAGGACGAUUUAGGGCCUGCUGUGUAAGUGCUAAGAUGAUUAAAUGUUGACAACAGCACCACAGAAAACCCAUGCAAGUCCAGUUGCAUAAGGAUAAUAAGAAUGAAAUGAAAACUGCCAAACAAAUGCCUUUCUAUGGAACUCUGCACUCACUGAAACUGACUGAAGUCACCAAUAAAACAGCUGGUUGAAGCCACCAUCCAAGAGUCUGAUGUAAAGAAAAGUAUAAAUGUUCGAGUUAAUAAAAAUAGUGUGUACACUACUACUGCCAAAUCCAAGGAUGCAUUGUGUGCCAAACCAAGGAAUUUUUUUUCUCAAGUACAACCAUGAUAACUUAGAAGCAGGUUUUCUUCUUUUCUUUUAGUGUUAUAGUGUUCAUAAACAUCACUGAAGGAUUGAAUGCUUUUUUACUUAGCUGGGACCCCAUGUGUGCUCAACACUAAACAGCAGCUUCCUGAAACUAACAGUUCAAGUAUAGAAAUGUCCAAUGUGGUCAUAAUAAAGAUUUUAUAGAUUACAGGCAUGCAGUAUACUUAGUAAAAAUUUCCAAACUGCAGCUCCACCACACCUGCUCUUAAUUUUGUUAUUCUCACUCUAAUGCUGCUUAAAAGGUUCAUAAGUUCAUAGAUUAGUACUAGGUUAACUGCCCUUAUGGGCCAUUUUGAGCCUACCCACUUACCCUAUGUGGGAAUCAAACUCUGCCCUUUGUAUUUGCACAUUAAUCAUUAUACCAGCCUGUCAUCUCUCACAAAGAACAGUCAAUAACACAUAUGAGAAAGUUAUUUUAUUUUCUUUAGGAAGCUGUGAGCUUAGAAAACAUACACUAUUCAAAAAUGAUAGUGUAAUUUUCCAGUAUGCAACAAACAAUAUAAUAAUAUUUGCUGUUCCUUUGUGCAGUAAAGCCUAAGCAACUUUGAUAUUAUUGUAUAUCAAAGAACUAUAUAUAUAUAUGUGUGUGUGUGUGUGUGUGUGUGUGUGUGUGUGUGUGUGUGUGUGUGUGUGUGUGUGUGUGUGUGUAUAUGUGUAUGAGUCACUCCAAACUGGUUGUGUUAUAUUAAAUUAAAAAGAAAUUAAAAACUAAUCUGCGUUGGGUCACCUGAGCCAGAGUUAAGGUUUUAUCCCUGUACUCUGUGAUGCUGGCUAAACAUAAGCAUCACACCCCUGUCAAAUACAUGUUCUGGCAAUCAUGGCAAUCAUUGCAUCUCUAAUUUUGAGGUAUAUAACCUCUAAAAAGAACAAAAAAAUUGUUUGCAUGUUCCACAUGUGCAUGUAUUAUAUCCCUAUGCUAGAGCUAAUGAGAAAACAUCCUUUGCAGCUUUGGUGGAGUAUAAAAAAUGUGCAAGCACUUCCAGGUGAGCAUUAUAGGUUUUCUUGAUGUGGCAUAUCUUGAUAAAUGACAUAUGUAUCCUCAGUCUUAACUGUCUAAUUUCCUGUUUUUUCCACUACCUUACUUUUUAAUUCUCUAAGUGUUCUAGAUGUCCUUCAUACUUAGCCAUUGGUAGAUUGCUCCUUGCUUCCAAAAAAUGAAAUUAGUAUAGACAUUGCCUUCCCCAGAAACUGACUGAAUUCCCAUGCUUAAUAUAUUUUAAAAUUUCAACUGCAAUUAACUGUUUAAACCAAAUGUUUGUUUGCUUGACUGCAGGUGCCUCACACAACUCCAUACAUAAUCUGCUCCCACUAUACUAUAUUAAUCUUUCACUACUUUUGUUUCCAUAGGAUCCCUUCUCCUGAAACCCACAAUACUAUAGCCAGUAUGGGGAAAACAUAUUCUUUAUAUAUAUGGUACCUUUGUCAACACAUAAAGCAACUACUAAAUUCCAAAACUAAGCUCUUGGUGGCCACGAUGUACAGACAUGUCAAAGACCAACAAAACAGCACCGUCGUCACAGUUUUUUAAAAAACUUUGUCAGAUUCUGCUGAAGUAUUUUACAAAAGUGAAACAAAAAAUGCUGACUCAUUUCAUUACAAUGAUCUCAUCCAUUUUUGUACAUGAGGGAACUCACAUCUUCUAUCAAAGUGUAACUAAAAACAGAAUCUUUUAAAGUUCUUAUGAUUAUCCCUUAAACCAGCCAAAAGUGUCCAUAUGGCAAUGCAAGUUCCCAUGUGCAGUGAAUUCAAGACUUUCUUUGGAACUGCAUCACAAUAUAAACAUGGGUCUGCGACUCUCUGCCCAUCUAUCUCUUUUGCCACUACCAACUUUCCUUAUGACAUUCUAUGCCAUCCACCAUUGCAAAUAAAAUCUGUUAUUAUAUUUUAAUUGACUUCUAGGACUGACUUAGAGUAUAUCCAAUAAAAGAGUGAUGCAUGAUGCAAAAAAAAAAGAAGCAAAUGUAAAAGCAAUGUCUUUUGGCUUUUCCUGGUUAGGAGUUGCCA